GUCCAGGACACACUCACCAAUCUUCUCGAUCCUUUGUCUCAAAAAAAAAAAAAAAACCAAUCUUCUCGAUCGACGGCUCGCCGGCGGCGAUGGCGUCGCGGAAGCUCCUCUUCGGCCUCACAGCAGCAAGGCGAGCCAGUCCUCGCGCGUCAGUACGCCUCUCGGUCUCUCCCCUCCUGGAAGCCUCCACUUCCGCCUCCCACGCCGCCGCCCCCGUGACGAAGCCGUCAGGUGGAUCGCCGUGGGCGCUGCUCUUCUCCCCUAGGGCCUUCUCGUCGAAGCCGCCGGCGCAACAGUCCGCUGGAGAUGUGCCCGCCCCAUCCGCGGUGGACCACAAGUUGAUAAUGCCAGAGGAUAAGUUCCAUAAACUAGCAGAUGAUACAAUACAUGAUUUGCUUGAAAAACUUGAGGAAUAUGGUGAUUCUCAGCAGAUGGAUGGCUUCGACAUAGAUUAUGGGAAUCAAGUUCUAACAUUGAGGCUAGGCGAUUUGGGGACCUAUGUUGUAAACAAGCAAACACCAAACAGACAAAUCUGGCUAUCUUCGCCUGUGAGCGGGCCUGCUAGGUUUGACUGGGAUGCAGCAACAGACGGUUGGGUUUAUAGGCGGACUGGAGUAAAUCUCAUGCGACUUCUAGAGAAGGAGAUCGGUGAGCUCUGUGGAACUCCAGUAGACCUUUCGUAAAGGGAGAGGAGAAUGUCACGUAGUUAAGUUCGAUGGGGCAUACAACAUUUCGUCGAAGUAAACGAGAUGACAUCUUUCAAUGUGUUGAUCCUGCCAAGUAGACCAAAAGAAUUGUUGUGCUGCACAUUUUUGCACCAUAUGCUCUUACGUGUUGCCUAAUAAGUUGUCUGCCGGCUAUCGAUAGCAGGACAUAGGCCUCUGAUACGCCACAUUAUAAUCAACCGUACGUUUUCAUGCAGUGAUCUAUGUUUUGUAA